AGUCAAAGUCAUUACAUCAUGCGCGAUCGUCUGAGUCGCAUCUGUCCGAGUGAUUUAAACAGUAAUAACUAUUAAAUCAAUAAUGUUAAGGGCAAUUAUAUUGUGCUUGAUAUUAGUGACAUGUAGUGCAUACAGAUUGUUAGCUGUCUUCCCGUUUCCUGGGAAGAGUCACAUGAUUUUAGGUGAAGGAUAUGUAAGGCUUCUCUUGGAGGCUAAUCACGAUGUAACGUACUUAACGCCUGCUCCACUAAAGAUUGAUCAUCCAAAAUUAAGACAGAUCGAUGUAUCUUCAACCGAAAAGGGUUUUGAUUUCGAUGGCCUGUUCAACUUUAAGAAGUUGAUUAACAAAGAAGUCGAUCUAUCAGAUACGAAUCACAAGUAUAUCGUAAUGCAAUAUGUAACCGAGUCAUUGUUAAUGCAUCCCAACGUACAAAAACUGCUUUUGGAUACAGAUCAAACGUUUGAUGCCGUGAUUGUUGAGUGGAUGUAUAGCGACUUGUAUUCUGGGUUUUCAACUGUCUUCAACUGUCCAUUUAUUUGGUCGUCAUCGCUGGAGCCCCAUCCCAUGAUCCUUAGGCUUAUUGAUUCUUUACCGAAUCCAGCUUACUUUCCUGAUCAUACUUCAUCCUUAGAACCUCCCUACACAUUUCUAGAGCGUGUUGAACAAUUAUGGAACAUUGCUAAAACUUUAUACAACAGAUGGAGAUUGAAAGAAAAAGAAGAAAGUAUUUACGAGAAUGCGUUUGGACCAGCCGUUAAGAAACGAAACAGAGUUUUACCACCAUACAACGAAGUGAAGUAUAAUGGAUCAUUGAUUUUGGGAAAUUCUCACGUGUCUACUGGAGUUGCUUUUAGUCUUCCUCAGAAUUACAAGGCGAUCUCAGGAUAUUAUAUACCGAAAAAAAUACCACAGUUGCCCGAUAAAAUAAAAAAUAUCAUGGACAAAGCAAAAAAUGGUGUAAUUUACUUCAGUAUGGGAACGAUGGCAAAAAGCAAAACAUUACCAGAAGAAUUGAAACGGAACCUAGUAGAUAUGUUUGGAAAUCUAAAACAAACCGUUAUAUGGAAAUUUGAGGAAGACUUAGAUGGAUUACCAAAUAAUGUGCAUAUUGUAUCGUGGGCGCCGCAGCAAAGUAUUCUUGCUCAUCCCAACUGCGUGCUAUUCAUCACUCAUGGCGGCUUACUGUCUACAACUGAGGCACUACACUAUGGGGUCCCUAUAAUAGGGAUCCCAGUUUUUGCCGACCAAUUUCUCAACAUCAAAAGAGCAACCACAAAAGGAUUUGCCCUCGAAGUUGACAUUAACUAUGAAACACCAGGAAACUUAAAGUUUGCGAUCGAUGAAAUUUUGAACAACCCUAAAUAUCGUGAAAACAUUAAGCAGCUAUCGCUGGUCUACCAUGAUCGUCCGGUGUCUCCCGCUGCUGAGCUGGUCCACUGGGUGGAGCACGUCGUCAAGACUAAAGGAGCUCUCCAUCUGCGCUCGCCAGCACUGCACGUGCCUUUCUACCAGAAGCUGUACUUAGAUCUUCUUGCUGUAAUUUUAAUGAUGCCGCUGGUUUUAUGUAAACUUCUGAAGUAUAUGAAAAAUAAAUUAUUCGGCGUUUUAAAAAAGAAGGGAAAAAAGACAAAAAAGAAUCAGUAA